CAAGUACACAACCUAACCUGCAAUAAAAAUAAAUGUACAACGUAGGAGAAAGUCCAGUGGCGUGAAACAGAGGAGUAAGAGUAUAACUAAAAGUGGACUCUAAACUCUCUCGACGUUUGCAUAAAAAGUGCCCUCUUUAUCGCUGCGUGGAGUUACUUAUCUAUCCACCGCUUGGGUUUAGCGCACGGUUGUCUUCUUCGUUAAGAUGAAUCCUCCUUCUCCUAGUAAAUGCCCUAGGCAUGGUAUGAGGAAGGUUAUGGUUGAUGAUGCUAAAGAAUUGGAGAGGAGAUGGUCAGAUUUACCUCCUGAACUGCUAUCAAAGAUUGCAAAUUGCUUAGGAUGUUUUGAUCUUCUGCGCUUUCGUUUCGUCUGUAAAGAUUGGCAUUUUGCUUCUCUGACAGCUUCAGCUUCUGUGGAGUCUUCCCCGGGGAGAAAGCCAUGUUUUCUGCUCCAUGGGGAGAGUGCAGAGAAUUGUAUUCUCUAUAGUCAAGUAGAGAAGAAGAAGUAUAUGAUUAACAUUCCUGAGUUGAGAGAAGCUACUUGCCUUGCUUCGAAUCAGGGAUGGUUGUUGUUAUUCCAGCAGGGAGUGAUAUUCUUCUUCUGCCCGUUUUCGGGUUCGAGGAUUGAUCUGCCCGCGUUCCCGCAGGCGGGGGCCGAGAAGGAAUUUUCGGGGCACGUUGGGGCGUUUUCGUCCCCUCCGACUUCUCCAGACUGCACGGUUGCUGUCAUCUGCAGGAAAAGUGAACACAGGGUUGAGAUGAAUGUGCUGGACAGGAAAUCUAGCGAGUGGACUAAACACGAGUAUUCCCAUUUUCGUGGGUAUUUUCGGACUAUAAAAUGUGCUACAUGUCAUGACGGUGUGUUCUACUUCAUUGAUGAUACACACAAGGUGUUGACGUUCUCUGCUGGGACGGGGAUCUGGAAGAUCUAUCGGAUUGUGGACAGCAGCGAGGAGACCGAGGCGGAUUCUCUGCCGUUUGUUCAUAUGGAUAAGUAUUUCAGUGCGAGUGAGUUGAAGAAAAAGAUGGAACUUGGGGACGAUGUUUCGAUUGUUACCUGUGCAGCUUCUUUGCCGGGGUCCAGGCAUGAAAUCAUUAUCAAUAACGAAAAUAUUGAUGCUAUGGAAGGUGCUGAGACGCAACAGCAGCUCAAAGGGAUUUGGAUCCAGCCCAGGUUCUUUCAGAUUCCUCCCGAGUAUACCUGGUCGCUCUGAGACACUGUUAGCAUGUCUCUUUCUCUGAUCUUUCCAUUGAUAAUCUAGUUAUGCAAGACUCAAAUGUAGAAAAUUCUAUACUUUUUGGUUUUUGUUCUUUGGUUCGUUUCAAAACCUUGGUAAAUUGAUGCUAUUUUGCA